AGACCACGCGUCUAUAUCUGUCCGAUCUUGUUCGACAUUUAAAGCAGUCAACACUACGCAGUUACAAGCAAACACUAUGGUUCUAUUGUCUAACGUUUAUCUUUUUAAGGUAAAAAAUAAUUUUCGUAUUUAACUACUCCUUUCUACAACAAAACACUAUUGUUUCAGUCUCUUUCAAUAUGGAAAAAGAUGCUCCUUACGAUUACUACGAAGCGCUAGGUAUCGGCCGGGAUGCUACACAGUCAGAGAUAAAAAAAUCUUACUAUGAAAAAGCUAGAAAAUGCCAUCCAGACAAGUGUCCAGAUAACCCGGAGCUUGAGGCCGAGUUCAAAAAAAUUUCUCAAGCUUACUCAGUUCUUAGUGAUCCAGAGAAAAGGAAGAUAUACGAUCUUCACGGCAGCUAUGAUGAUGUAGCAGGAGAUCGACCAUAUACUCAGGAGCAAAUACAUGCACUUCUUCAGAGUAUUUUUGGUGACGGCAAUUUUGACGAUAUUUUUGGCAGGGCAUUUGCUGGGCUCGAAUAUAUCUUAUCGAUGAAACAAAACGAUGAGGAUAUCCCGUCGAUGAGUCCUGAAGAGUUGAACCAACGAAAUUUGGAAGCUCAGGAAAAAAAUGUUGAGGAGGUGUACGAUCGGAUGCGUACCAAGCUAUUUUCCUUUGAUCCAGAUCAUGUAGAUAAGUUUAAGAACGAGAUUGAGAUAGAUUUGAAAGGCAAGCUAGAGGUUCCCGGUGGCGUCAAACUGUUGAAGCUUUGUGGUUGGACCUUAAAAAACGAAGCUAAGAAACAUUCGGGUGGAAAGCUGAGUUGGAGUCGGCUGAGUGCAAAUGUGUCAGAAAAAAAGCGUUUCCUCAGUACCAAUCUGAAGACGAUUGCCUGCUUUGUAACGCUGGACGGCGCAGAGCGCCGCUUGCAAAUGAAUCCAGAGGAUCAGGAUGCGUUGAAAGAUAUAGCAGAAAAAUCAUUCGGUAUUGUGUGGAUUCUAGGUUUGAUAAAUAUUGAGAUGACUAUACGUGCAGUAUGUAAGAAGCUAUUGAGCGAUCCGAGUCUCUCGAAAGAGCAAGUCAACAAGCACAAAAAAGCAAUUGCAUUCUUAGGCAAAAUGUACUACGAUGCUGCAAAAAGCCACGGUGAUUCUUCUAAAUCCUCUAUACCGGUAAUAAACAUACAAGGCGAUUAGUGCGUGUUAAGUUGAAGGGUGAGGAGCGAGACGCUAGCGAGAAUCGAAGGCCUUAUUUGGGGGAAGACAUGAUCGAUAGUCGUGAACAAAAAUCUAGAUUGAAUUUAAUGUCCUUUCUCUUUAUAGAGAAAGAUACAGAAAUGCCCUUAUUGACUUGACAGCAGCAUAGCAGAAAAGAAAAUACACUCGUAGAUCCUAAAAAAGAGAAAUGUGUACAUAAUUACUGAUUAGAUGACUAGACAAGUCUGCUUUUGAGCCCUGAUAUGCACACCUAGAGAGACAGAAGAGAUAUCUAUAUAAUACCAUAAUUGAACAUAUUAUCAUGUAUUAUUUAUACGUCGAUUUGUAGAAACUUGUAAGAGAGAGAUAUGCAUACAGAGAUAAUACACAUAUUGUGUACAAUAGCGCGUGAGAUCCCUGAGAUUCCGUAACAGACACAUGUAAUCCACUUUUUUGUUAUUCCUACGCAACUUUGACUGGUUCACCGUUGUUGCCUCGCUUUCAAUUUAAACGUUUGAAGUUCCUCGAGCGUUUUGGCGCUUGAUUCAUACACGAUAUAUGAAUUAGGAGGAUAUGUAACGGACUUUAGAUAGAGACCUCCCGGCGGGGCCAUGGGAGGACAGAGGAGUGGAUUUUUUGCUUUUAAGAGCAUCUUGAUUUGGUCCAACUGAAUCUUUCCAGCACCAGCGCUAGCGACUGCAGCCACCAUCUUUCUAACUUGGUGAGUCAUGAAAGAUUUGGCUCUCACAGUAAUUUUGAGGAAAAGACUAUUUGAGAGUGACGCAUCUGGAAACCAGAGUCCAUAGUCCCCAUAAUCGUCUUCUUCAACGCGAAACUCAUAUAAAUGGCGAAUAGGUGAAGAGGACUUAAUACAGGACAUCGUGGAAAAUGUACUGAAGUCAUGGCAUCCUAUUAGCAUUUUGCAUGCAGUGUUCAUCUUCUCAACAUUCAGAGGGCGUCGAUAGACCCACCGCCUGUCAUUUUCGAACGGAAUACCCGUCCUAUCAACGACAUUGAUAAUACGGUAGAUAUAUUCGCGUUCAAUAGCAGAAAAGCGAGCAUUAAAAGACUAAAAAAAUAAGAUAUUUUUUUGCCAAAAAAAAA